UUGUUUGGGUUAGCAACUGUCCAAGGGAUCGCCAGGCGCAGUCAGCCGAAGAAGUGCAGUCCGUGUGCUUUACCUGCUGGGGUGGCGGCGGCGUGCUGGUUUCAACGGUCUCGGUUAUGGUCUCACUUGACGUCCCAGGAACCUCUGCCAUCCCCGCGGCUGCUUCGCUAACGCUAACGCUAACGUUAGCUAACUUUUACGACGAGAACUGUUUGGCGUCCGACAGUCGCCAGUCGCCUCUUUAUCGCCUGUCUCGAAAACGUCAAUAACAAUCGACGGUGAUAUAAACCGAAUAUUGUAUAUAUAUAUAUAAAAAACAGAAGGGCGGAUGAAUUAGCACUCUGAUGGGAUGUGGACCACCAAUAUAGUAAAGAAUAAGGAGAUAACAAAAUGUUGACAGAUUCGAAACGGAAGUGUGAAAUGUUGUUGAACUAUUUAAUGUAAAAUCACAACGUUCUGAAACAUAUAAUAAAAAAGCGCACAAUAAGCAGUCAUAGUAUUAUAUUGUAGACGAAACACCAGCGAUUGACGCGUUCCUGUUGCAGUUUGCGUGAGUAUACGACGAUUGAAUUGUUUUAUUUUGAAAAAUAGCCGGAUGCUGUGUUUCUGUUUGUAUGUUGGGAGGAAGAUAUUAGUUGACGGACAGGUAGGACUUCCUGUUGUCCGUUCAGUAAAAAUGUGUGGGACACAAUUUGCUGGCAUUUGAAGAGAUUAUUAGGACAUUUCAGCAAAUAUUAAAAAAUGUCCCAAUUCAUUGCAUUGCUGUGGUGAUUUGAUUUAUUUAAAAACUACAUUAAAUCGUUUGAAACGUUUUAAAAUUGAAAGGUCACCGAAGGCACCGCUGUGGAAGCACAACAGCAGCAGGAGCGGCAUGCCUUUAAGGAUGUGGAGGGCAUGUUCUGUUCAAAGGCUGGCGCGGACAGAAGGAAUUCGACUCUGUUCAAGUAUCUCGCCUUCAACCUUACCAAGCAUUAAGUCAAAACCGCAUCUGCGUCUUCAAGCUGAAAAGCAAAAGCGGAAAAAACAGAGGGAAAAUGCCAUACUGUCAACUCAACACAAUAAUGCUGAUGAAGAACUUGCCAUAAAAUGGAGGGAGAAGGAGAGAAUUCCCUACACUGUUCCCACCCCCCCCGGGUCAAAGAAAGACACAACAGGACCUUUCCCGUCCUCGUACAGUCCAGACUAUGUGGAGUCCAGCUGGUAUCAGUGGUGGGAGAAAGAAGGAUUUUUCAGCCCCGAGCAUCAUGCAAAAGUGCCUCAUGCUGUGGACCGGAACUUUGUUCUGUGUAUCCCUCCACCAAACGUCACCGGGACUCUUCAUCUGGGCCAUGCUAUGACUGUAGCUAUAGAAGAUGCUGUGGUUCGAUGGAGGAGGAUGCAGGGUUAUAGAGUAUUAUGGGUCCCUGGAUGCGACCAUGCAGGCAUAGCAACUCAGACUGUGGUGGAGAGGAUGUUGCUCCAGGAAACGGCGAAGCACAGACAAGAUUUCACCAGAGAAGAAUUUUUACAGGAGGUUUGGAAAUGGAAACACGAGAAGGGAGAGGAGAUCUACCACCAGUUGAGAAAACUCGGUGCUUCCCUGGACUGGAGCAGAGCCUGUUUCACGAUGGAUGAAGGUUUCAGUCAGGCAGUAACCGAGGCCUUCGUCCGUCUGUGUGACGCCGGUCUGAUCUAUCGCUCAGAGGGACUCGUCAAUUGGAGCUGUGCUCUGGAGUCGGCAAUCUCCGAUAUAGAGGUCGAUUCCAAGGAACUAUGUGGAGAAACCAUGCUGUGUGUGCCUGGCUAUCAACACAAAGUGGAGUUUGGAACCAUGGUCACAUUCGCCUACCCCUUAGAAGGCUGCGAUGGAGAGGUGGAAGUGUCCACAACCCGUCCAGAGACCAUGCUGGGCGAUGUGGCCGUUGCUGUUCAUCCCAGUGAUCCUCGAUACCAGGCUUUCCAUGGAAAGCUUUGCCGCCACCCCUUCACUGACAGACUGCUGCCCAUUGUUACUGAUGCCAUGGUGGACAUGGAGAUGGGAACAGGCGCAGUGAAGGUCACACCCGCCCAUGACCACUCGGACUUCCUGUUGUCCCAGAGACAUGCGCUACCACGCGUCACCGUGAUUGGAGGAGAUGGGAAGAUGACUCCACUGUGUGGUCAAUGGAUGGAGGGAGUAAAGCGUUUUGACGCUAGAAGGAUGGUAGUCGACGCUUUGGUUGAGAAAAAGCUGUUCAGAGGGAAGAAAGGUCACGCCAUGGCCUUACCCGUUUGCAGCCGCUCAGGGGACGUCAUUGAGCCUCUUCUGAAGGAGCAAUGGUUUGUCCGCUGUAAGGAGAUGGCCAGAAAAGCUACACAGGUAACUACACAGGUCACUACACAGGCGGUGGAGGAUGGCCGACUGGAAAUCAUUCCCCACUUUUACACCAAAACGUGGACAAACUGGCUGUCCAACAUCAGUGACUGGUGCAUUUCCAGACAGCUUUGGUGGGGGCAUCGGAUCCCUGCUUACAGAGCGAAGGUCCCGGGGGCGGCUGACCAACAACAGGAAGAGUGGGUGUGGGGACGGAGCGAGGAGGAGGCCCGUGAGAGAGCGGCCAUCAAACACGGAGUGAAGCCAGAAGACAUCGUCCUGACUCAGGACCCGGAUGUUCUGGAUACGUGGUUCUCCUCUGGGCUGUUUCCUUUCGCUAUGCUGGGCUGGCCUCGGCAGACCACUGACCUCCAACACUUCUACCCGCUCUCCCUCCUGGAGACCGGCAGCGACCUCAUCUUCUUCUGGGUGGCCAGGAUGGUAAUGCUGGGCACGGAGCUGACAGGCCGGUUGCCUUUCCAGCAGGUUCUACUUCACCCUUUGGUCCGAGAUAAACAUGGCAGGAAGAUGACCAAAUCUUUGGGAAACGUCAUCGACCCCCUGGAUGUUAUACAUGGAGUCUCCCUGGAGAGGCUCCAACAGAAAGUUACGGAGGGGAACCUUGAUCCCAGGGAGAAGGUGGUCGCCAUGGAAGCUCAGAGGAAAGACUUCCCCCGGGGGAUCCCUCAGUGUGGAACUGACGCUUUGAGAUUUGCCCUCUGCUCUCACAAGGUCCAGGGAGAAGACAUCAGUCUCUCCAUCUCUGAGAUCCUGAAGUGCAGACACUUCUGUAACAAGAUGUGGCAGACCCUGAGGUUCACCCUGCGAGCCCUGGAUGCCGGCACUGCCCCAGUGGGGACGCUGAAGGAGACGGUUCCUCUGACCAGCAUGGAUCGGUGGAUCUGCUCCCGCCUGUACAGCACGGCGGCCCAAUGCCAGGAGGCCUUUGAAGAAUACGACCUGCACGCCGCCACUGCUGCCCUGUACUCCUUCUGGGUCCACAACCUGUGUGACGUCUACAUGGAGAGUGUGAAGCCGUUGCUGCAGGAGCGGCGUGAGGAAGCGGCGGGCGCCCGGGACGGGCGUGGGGCGAGACCGGCGCCCGCCGUCAUCCUGUACCACUGCGUGUCCACGACCUUGGCCCUCCUCUCCCCGUUCAUGCCGUUCAUCACCGAGGAGCUGUGGCAGAGGCUCCAGACCUUCAGAGCCGAGGAGGCGGACCAGGCCAGCUUGGGUCUGCAGCCUUACCCAAACUCCGCUCACCUGGAACACUGGUAUUUUCCCCAAGUGGAAAGGGAUUUCCUUCUGGUCAAGGAAGUGAUCGGAGUGGCUCGCUCCCUCAGGGCCCAGGGUGGGAUGACCAAGGAAAAGCCUGAAAUGUGGAUUGUGUGUUCAGCGGGUCAGGCCCAGGUUCUCCUUGACUUUGGAUCUGUUGUUUGGACUCUGAGCCGGGUCUCCCGUAUCAAUGUCUACUGUCCUGAAGAAGGGCAAAGCCUCCCCCCCCUGGACGCCCCUCCCCCACCAGAGGGCUGCCUGGUUGGGGUGGUGGACCACACGUGUCGGCUGCACCUUCUCGUUCAGGGUGGCGUGAACGUUGACAAUCAAGUGGUCCAGCUCUCCCAGCGGAGACGGAAGCUUGUCCCCAAGCUGGAGGAGAUCCUGGCUAAAGUUCAAGCUCCGGACUACCCGAUCAAGGUCCCGGCGCAAGUCAGGCAGCAGAUGGACAGUAAGGUGUCGGCCUUGAAGCAGGAAUUGAGGACAAUCGAGGAUCAGCUGAAGGUGCUGCAGACUUGCAAAUGAAUGAUAUUCCACCAGCAGGAAAUCAUAAUCAUAAUCUCAUCAUAAUCAUAACAAGAAUCAAUCAUGGUAGAAAUGGUUUUAGUUUUUUAACUCCUGGUUUAGAGCAAGCGUUUAUCCAGUGGGGGGGGGCACAUCAUGGAAAAUGAAAGAAUGCCACUUUGCUCACACAUGCUAAAAACCUUUUUUUUAUUUUUAAUUUCUCUUGAAUGUUUGAAAUGUAUGUUAUGUUGUGCAAUGUACAAUGUAUGUAGAAUGUAUGUAGAAUGUAUGUUACGUGUUGCGACCCACUAAAAAAAAAACGAGCACCUGCUUUAGAACAGUCCUCGUCGUAGAGCGUGCAUUAGCGUGUCAGGCUAACGUGGUCGACAUGUGACAUGCGAAUGGACGGACGCAAGCUUGGAUGUAUUCCUUCCCGCGUAUUCCACCCACGCUCCGCCUCCAGGCACGCCCACUCUCCCGUCUUUGGUCACGUUGCAAAGUGCAGAGAAAGAAUUCUUGACUGUGCUGCUAACUUUGUUCAUAAACGAUAUAGUUGAUGAUAAACGAUGUAUGCAGACUUCCUUAUAUGGGCGUGGCUGUAAGCCAGAUAAACUCCACAACAAGAAAGUUAGCAUAAUAGUAAAGUCCCCUUUAAGGUCAUCACAUACAAAGAGGCCGAUUCAAUAUGUGCACAAAUAUCAAAAUAGUUGAUUUUAUUUCCAAUGUUUGAACGUUACAAACGCAUCGGGCAGUGUUUUUCAUAUCACCGUACAGAUAUGACAGAUCGUGGAUUACACCCCCCCCCC